AUGGCCGGCAAUAUCAUUCCCGGAGACGGAAGUCCGUUCUCUGAAGCCGGCGGGGCCAAUGAAAGACGUUGGACAGAGUCACAUUGGUGGCCGCGGCCGGCGUCCAGAAGGGUAGACACCAGAAACAACGGUGCAAACAAUGCGCGACUGAUACAGUUUUGCGCUGGACUUGCGACGACUGUUGCGACUGCGCAUACUGGUCGCACUAUCAUGACAAUCCAACUCGAUGUGAAGGCGCAAUCUGGCUUCUGCGACGAUGAUCUGUAUCUAAUACUGUGUCGUCGAAACGGUUCUACCCGCAUGGCUCAAACUUUGAAUACUAGUACGAGCUAA